CGUCGAAUUCCAUCACAACUACUUUAGCACGUCUACGCACUCCUGUGCUGCCUGGAUAUAAGGCACCGAACUCCCGAUUGGGAAUAGCGUCGACCAUUGCCUGAAAGUUCCAGGCAGAAGCUUGGUAACAUCUCAGCAUCCGCAAAUUUCCCCUGAAUGCCUUCAGUUACAAGUAGCGCAUGAAGGCGCGAUUCCAUCAAUUAAGAACCUUAGGUUAUAUUAUGACCAGCGAUCAUCAUUGAGCAUACUCCAUCAUGUCGUCGCCACACAGUUUCGACAUCCUCCGCCUAGCUCCUGAGCUUGUAGCCAACGUUAUCAAGCAAGUCGACAACAAAAAGGACCUAUCGCAUGUUCGCCUGGCUUGUAAAGCGUUGGACGACCACGCAGCUAAAGAGCUUUUCAAAGAGGUGUACAUCUCCCCGUCGGAAGGGCACAUCAGAUCUUGGAACACGAUCAGCCAGGAUGAUGUCAUCAGGCGAAUGCCUCGACAUGCAAUCAUCCACACACAUCCAGAUAUCGAAGACCUUGGACUAGGCCACACAAGAGAACCUAUCGAGGUCGAUGAGGAUGACGAGGACGCUCUGGUUUUCGAUGACGCCCUUGCCGCCUUAUCAAGGUUUCCAAACCUUGACUCUCUGGAGAUUGGCUUCACUCCAGAAUGCAUGGGUCGGGAUGCCGACUACUGGCAGGAGGUGGAAGAAGAUGUAUCUGAUCGCGAAGAAAGGUUAACGCUCAUCUUCCAGGCCAUCAAAGACAGGGCGGCAGACGAUAACAAUCGGACAAUUCGAAAGCUGACGAUCAUCAACCUUCAGAACUGUCCCAUUCCUGAGUUCACUUCUUCUGACCUCUUUCGCGAUGUUAUGGCUCAGCUAGAAGAGCUGCAUAUAACUAUGGUGCAAGAAUACAACGAGCAUGGGCCAGAUCACGACUACACCAAAGUCGAGCUGCAGAUUUUCCCAGCGUACUUCUGUUCGCAUUGGCUAAAGCCUGUCGCUGCGAAUCUGAAAGCACUGUCUAUCUAUAGUGCAUCAGAUAAUUGGGGCCCUUUUCCUGGCUACUUUGACCCGAGUGGUAUCUCUUUCCCAAAGCUCGAGACACUUGCUCUGGGCUAUUACACACUUGCGCACGAUGACGACCUCAACUGGAUCCUCGCUAUCAAGUCGCUGCGAAGGCUUAUCUUCCACAAUUGUAUGAUUGCUUCUUGGAUCCGCAUCGAUUCUGACAAUAUGGAUCAGUGGAAGGUCCGGACGCAAGACUGGACCAGGUUGUCAGACCCCAAAGAUCACGAUUGGGACAAGGACUUUGCGUACGGCGGGAGAUGGAGUCAGUUUUUGGAUCGCAUCGCGAGAGAUCUUACGAACCUUAUCGAUUUUCGCUUUGGUUAUGGAAAUUCAUAUGAAGACCCAAAAUACAAGGUCACAAACCGCGAUAAUUGCCCCACUGAGGUCUUUUUCCAACGAUACAUUUGCUUCGACAACGGAAUCUUACCUACGCACUGGCCUGAGCCGAGGCAAGACGAUGGGGUGCUGUAUUCGUGGCUCAAAGAAGGAUUUCCUGUGAAUGCGCACAAGGAGAAUUUUGAUGAAGACCAGAAGAGUCUAGACGCACUUCUUCAAACUUUACAGUCAAGGAUAGAAGGAAAUUAGAAAAGGUUACA